AUGGAGACGCAAACUGCUCCAAGUAACUUUGUCUUGGUCUGCAAUAAAAUUAACUCGACGCAGCAAGAGCAGAUGAACCGAGUGGAGCUGGCUAAUUUCAAUUGCACCGUAUCCGAUUUGGCCACCACUAUUGGACAGCAACUAAAUCUUGACAAAGAUACUUUUGACAUCAUUAGCUUCGGUCAAACUCUUGGCAGCGCUAAAACGCUGGAAUCGUAUGGAAUCAACAGCAAGGGCACUAUCGUUUACCUGAUGAAAAAGAAAGAAGCCAUCUUCAAGGAGCCACAACCUCCGCAGGCACAGGAAACAGAAGCAGCUUUUCCCACUCAAGUGCAAGAAGGCUGCGUUGCUGUUAAAAGUGCUCUAAUUAAUGCCCACUUUCGCAAAGUCCUUGACGGACUGGCAGACAUUGAGAAGCGCGAAAAUUUGAUGGCCAUCAACCCUGAGCUGCGCGAUGAUCCCACCCUGUUCGGCAUUCUGACCGACGACACUCUGGUAAACACCUUCAUUAAACCGACGAACAUCAUGAAGGUUCUGAAGAAGUAUCCCAACUUCCUGGAAGUGGCCACUCAUGUCGCUGCGACCUUUCACGAGGAGUCGAGCAGUAGCAAUCCCUUCAACUUGGACAAUCUCGGCCGUGGUGCCCUGCUCAACUACUCACUUGACUACCCAUCCGAUGAUGAGAUGGACGAUAGUGAGACUUCCUCUGUUGAUUCGAACAGUACACAGGCUUCGGGUAGCGGAAGUGGUGGCGGCGGUGGUCGACUUGCUGGUCACCCAACUCAAGGCUUCCAAAAUCUGCUCAACGCAGCGCACCAGUUCCAGCAAAUUCAGCGACAAAACGUGCGAUCUGGGGCAGCAGCCACGCAGCAACCGUCUCGACAACUGCCCACCAUCAUUACGCCUGAAAUGCUUAGUUUGGCGCUCUCUUCGGCCACCUCUGCACCUCCUAGCGCUACCCCUAGUCCUGCUGCUGCUACUGUAGUUCAGCAGCAACCUCAGCAGCAACAGCAAACUGGACAACCAGCUCCAGCUCCAGCUCCAGUCAGCCAGCCGCCUUCUUCAGCGUCUCGAAUCAUUGGCUGGGCGCCGCAGCUCCGACAGAUGCGCGAACUGGGCAUCACCGACGACAUUGUGGCCAUUCAGGCGCUGGAGGCCACCAAUGGCGACGUCCAGGCGGCCAUUAAUAUUAUCUUUAGCUAA